UCAAUUGAUAAACACAAUACACUUCAACAACUCUACAAAUAUUUCUUUUUUAUUCAUUUCCAUUAAGCCUCCAACUCAGACCCUUUCCACUUUUUUUUCUGAGUAACUCUUUCAUUUCAAAACAUUCUCUCUUAAUUCAACUAAAACUUUCAUUCAUCAACCUAGUCGUUGCUCAUUCAAUUUCCGCGUACCCUAAAAAGACAGCCCAAAAAGUGUCAAAUUCAGAAUCAGGAAUUGUAAAAAUAUGAUUUUUACUUCAUCGGUUUGUUCUUCUGCUGAUUCGUAUUAGUCCUUUGCAAGAUGAUUUCAUUGUUUGAUUAUCAAGAGAAAUCGAAGAAUGGUUCGUCAAUCUAAUUUGGUUAUCAUUGGUGUCUCUGUUGGUUUGGCCCUUGGAGUUCUGAUUUCUUGCCUCAUAUUUUUCGGCAUAAGGUGGUGCAAGAAGCGUUCUCAUAUUACACGAUCUGCGAAUGAGCCUAGUUUAACAACUCUCCCGAUACGAACAAAUGGAGUUGAAGCAAGUACCGACUUUAGUGCAUCGAUCACUAGUUCCGUAACCACAUCAAGGUCAGAAAAUCUACCGAGAAAUUCCAAUUUCUCUUGGUGGAAUCAUCAAAACAAAGACCGGUUUGCUUCAGCAUCAGGCAUUCUAAAAUAUUCGUACAAAGAACUUCAAAAAGCCACACAAAAUUUCACAACUACCUUGGGAGAAGGAUCAUUUGGCACGGUUUAUAAAGCGACAAUGCCUACAGGAGAGGUGAUAGCUGUGAAAGUGCUAGCACACAAUUCCAAACAAGGGGAGAGAGAAUUCCAAACAGAGGUGUCUCUGCUAGGAAGACUACAUCACAGGAAUCUUGUGAAUCUGCUUGGAUAUUGUGUAGAUAAAGGACAGCACAUACUGGUUUAUCAGUUCAUGAGCAAUGGAAGUUUAGCAAGUAUUUUAUAUGGUGAAGAACAGAAGUUAAGUUGGGAUGAAAGGAUGCAAGUUGCUCUUGAUAUUUCACAUGGAAUAGAGUAUCUUCAUGAAGGAGCAGUCCCACCCGUCAUACAUCGUGAUUUGAAGUCUCCCAACAUAUUGCUAGAUGACACGAUGAGAGCUAAGGUUGCUGAUUUUGGUCUCUCAAAGGAAGAGAUCUUCGACGGCCGAAAUUCAGGUCUUAAAGGUACAUAUGGCUACAUGGACCCGGCAUACAUUUCCACAAACAAGUUAACAACCAAGAGUGACAUAUACAGUUUUGGUAUCAUACUUUUUGAGCUCAUCACAGCCAUCCAUCCGCAUCAAAAUUUGUUGGAAUAUGUUAACCUUGCUGCAAUGGAACAUGAUGGUAUAGAUGAGAUACUUGACAAGCAACUUGUUGGAAAAUGCAAUGUUGUAGAAGUGAGGCAACUUGCUAAAAUUGCACACAAAUGCUUACAAAAAUCACCAAAGAAAAGACCCUCCAUAAGUGAAGUUUCACAAAGCAUAUCAAGAAUAAAGCAAAGGAGAUUGCGCCAUGUUAUGGAAGAUAACUUGUCAUUUGCACAUAGUAAUAACUUUUCAAGAACUUCGAGUCGAUUAGACGAUCGACAAGUUGAAUUAAGUAGGAUAGUUACCAUGACCAUCAAAGAAACUGUAUGAACUGAAUUACUCCAAUAUAAGGUGAAGUUGAAAAGUCAA